GUGAUUCAGAAAUAGCAGAAGAAGACAUGCAUGUGUGGGGUGGGGAAGCAGAAACCAAAAUUUCCAUCUAGCCAAAGUUGAAGUCAAAUAACUAGUUAUUACAAUAAAUAUCUGGAGUUGUUAGAGAAGUGCAUUGACGGAUUCGUUGAUUCGGCUUGUGUUGAUUUAUCAGCUGCAGGACUUUAAUUCAGCACAGAGGGAAGGAUUUGACAGCUGAGCAGCAGAGAUGUGUUAGUACUGUACUGAGGAUUAAUAGCUAACCGCACAGGAAACAUGUCCAAACACAAAACAGCCAAGAAAAAGCUUAUUAUUGAAGAUGAUGAGCCAAAAGAGGAUGGAGAGGAACUGAAUCCCUUCUCCUUCAAGGAAUUUAUCAGGAGCAAAAAUCAACAUCCCAGCAUCAUCGAUCCUGUUGAGAAAACUUUUGAUGGCGCUUGCUCUGUGCAGGACGAAUACAAGUUUGUCAGCGGCUUCAAGCACAGCCAUAAGGGUCACUUUUUCACAGAUCCCUCACUACUCGAGCAGUCAUUUAACUUUAAACCCGAGGACGAAUGGACUGAAAGCUACCAGCCCUCGGGCAUCGAUCAGGUGCACGAUUUAGGACUGAGUAGUUCUCUGGAAGGCAAUGCUUACUUGGAUCACUCUUUAUUGUCCUGUGAAGAUGAGACAGUAAAAGAGUGGGAGCUGCGAGAGGAUUUCUCACCACAGCGUGACUUCCACAGAAGGAGCACAGGGAGCUAUGAAGGCGACGAAGAGACCUCGGUUGUUGAUCUCACCUUCCAGUCGAAGAACAGUACAGAAAAUGGGAUUAGAUACCAGGAAAAGCUAAGAGAAGAAAAUUCUCAGCUUCGGAAGCACAUCAGAGAACUGCUCAAAAAGUCUGAGGCUGAUUCUACAAAGAUCAGACAGCUUACAGAUGAGCUCCACAGCCGCAAUUUGAAAGAGGAGAGAGAGGCCAAAGCCUUAGAGAGCAUGGUGCAGUCUGUGGAAGAAAACCUCCAGCUCAUGACAAAACGAGCUGUUAAAGCUGAAAGCAGUUUGUCUAAGCUGAAGCAGGAGGUCCAGCAGCUUCAGAGCCAGCUUGAUGUGUACAGAUGUGAAAAUGAGCGACUUCGUGCAGGAGAAACUGCUGCCUUGACCUCAAUGAGGCAAAAUGCUCAAGUGGCCUCCAAGUACCUCAUCAAAGCUGCCCAAGAUGCUGAGAUGUCCAUUAAGCAGUUGCUGACAGGAAGAGAGACUUUGUGCCUCGUAUCAGAGCUGCUGAGUUCAGUAGACAAGAUCACUGAGAUUCCAAAAUAACACUUUCUUUACUUUACUGUGUAGUGCCUUAACGACCUCUGCUAUCCCUUUACUCUUUCUAAUCUAAUGCUUUGAAUUUUACUGCCAUCAUUAUUUUUCACACGUACACACUUGUCAUGAUUAUCCGUACUAGCUAGCACUAUCCAACGGACUAGAGUAGCUUGUUGAUAUCUCUGUACUAUUAUCGGUAUAUACGAUUAAAUAAGAAUCACUGAAGCUUUGGAGGCAGAAACCCAAGAGAAUUUGAGCUGCUUACUGCAUGUGACAAGACUGAAUGCAGCCAUGGUUCAAGUGGGACGACACAUUGUGUACCAAGUUCUUAUUUAUCGUGACGUCUACAGUGUAUAGUGGUAUUUUUGGCAGUCACUUGUUUGCUAUUGAACACGCCAUAAGUCUUCUCUUAGUCGUUCGCUUCAAAGAAUAGUGUCAAAAUGAGGACUAACACUUGACUGGUUGGGAAUUAGAAAAGUGCAUGGUGCUUUUCUACAGAACUUUUUUUUUUUUUUUUUUUUUUUACAAUUUUGUAAACUUAAGAUUACAUGUAAAACUUUGAUAUAAAAAAAAUGGUGUGAAACCUGAAUGUUUUAUUUUAUUUUAUUUUUAAAGAUCACAGAUUUCUCUUAUAAUCUCAUUCACGAAGUGCUGGUGCAGGUUUCAUUCCAAUCAAAACAGGAGACACAGCUGAGUCCAGAUCUCGAGAUUUUGGCUUUCAGAAGGUGUGGCUUCUGCUUGGUUAGACAACGUGGUUCACACUAAGGAUGUGUCUCAAUCAGCCUAAUAGCUCCCUAGAUCAUGAGUCAGUAUAUCAUGUACACAAGUUCUUGGCUCACAACACACUGGAAGACUGAAGGCACAAUUUCCAGUGACAUGACUACCCAUAAAACCAAAACACAUUAAACAUUCAAGUUUAUACAUCAAAGAAAUUUGUUAGCUUAAUCAUGUGUUUUGUAAUGAUGCUUCAGGAGGAAUCUUAGUCUACAUAGUGGAUUCUUUUAAAUCAUCAAACACUCGUUAAAUCAUUUUUAGUUCCAAAUCACUAAUGUAAGUGAUCAGUGAUCAUUUGAGAGCUACAGUAGAAUAAUGACAACAAAUUACUUACAUUUGUAGAUGAAGCUGGCUGAGAGUUUGCCUGCCAUUUUUUGAACUGAGACACUUAAAAUAUUUCACAUCAAUUUCCAGAAACAUAAUCAGCAUUGAUGCUCUCUUGUUUCUGCGGUGCAGUGUGGGAUUGAUUUAGGGAACAGACGGUCCAGUGCACUAGAAGGAUUUUGUAAGAGAGAGAGAGAAAGAGAUGUUAAACAUCUGAGUCACUGAUCAAUGUCCUGCCUAGUAAACUAGGAGCUGAUUGAGAUGCACCCAGCUGUUCUUCAUGAAAAUUUUAAUUGCAGCUCUUCAGGCUGGUCAGUGUCAGUUGUUCACACUUCUGUCAAACACUUCAGAGUCCUAACUUUGAAACAAUAUGCCAUUUAUCCGGAAAUAUCACUAUGUCCAACUAAUACCAGUCUAUUCUUUCUCCCUUGCCAGUAACAUACACUAUAUUGCCAAAAGUUUUGGGACACCCAUCCAAAUUAUUGAAUUCAGGUGUUGUAUUUCAGAGGUUGGGCUCGGCCCCUUAGUUCCAGUGAAGGGAACUCUUAAUGUUUCAGCAUACCAAGAUAUUUUGGACAAUUUCCUGCUCCAAACUUUGUGAAAACAGUUUGGGGAUGACCCCUUCCUGUUCCAACAUGACUGUGCACAAAGCAAGGUCCAUAAAAUGUAUGAAUGAGUUUGUGCUUUGUGCACUGGUGUACAGUCAUGUUGUAACAUGACUGCCAUUUAAAAAAACCUUUUUUUUCUGGAUUGUUGUCUAUUUCCAGGCUUCAUUUUUUUUCCUUCAAUUUCAGUUUUGCACAAUUAUGAAAAAAAGAUGUUUUAAUUUUUUUUAUUUCCCCUAAAUACCAAAAUCUCUGCUUUCAUCUGUACAUGAGAUAUGCCUGCUUUUACGUUAACAAACAAUUUGUCGUGCUUUUUUAUUUAAAUAUUGAGAACUUUAAUAACAGAAACUGGACAUUAUAUUGGAAUGGUGAAAAUUACAUACAUUGUACUUUUUUAUUUAUUUAUUUUUAAUCAAAGAGUCAAAACCAACUAUUGUGACGCAUCUUGUUACUUUACUAAUCAGCAGAUAUUUAUGUGUUUAUAUAAGUGGAUUUUAUAUUCUAAAGAAAUGUUAUGACUGAUAAAGUGUUUAUCUCAAUGUGGCUCUCAUUUACUGCUCUUUACAAAAUUAAAAAGAAAA